AUGACGUUUGCAAAAUGCGUGGAUGCUGCUGGUAUAAAGGAGAAUGCUGGUUUGAUAAUGGAUGUGCAGAAAAGACGGAAUUCGACAUUCUAUAUGCUUGAAAGAGCCCUUCUGUACCGUGAAACGUUUGUUAAGUUGGAGAUACAUGAUAGGAGAAACUAUAAGUUUUUGCCUACAGCUACAAAAUGGAGCAAAGCUGAGAAAAUAUGUGUUUUCUUGGAGCCUUUUGCUAAGAUUACAAGUUUGAUGUCAGAUUCGAAAUACCCAACAUCGAACUUGUAUUUCUAUCAGGUAAGGAAGAUCCAUAAUUGGCUGCAGAUAAAUGAGGAAAACGAUGAUGAGAUUAUCCGAGACAUGGUGAUACCGAUGAAAGAGAAGUUUGAUAAGUAUUGGGAAGAAGUCAGUGAUCUUUUUGCAAUGACAGCUGUCUUUGAUCCACGCCUGAAGCUUCCAGUUGUAGAAUAUUGUUUAGGGAGACUUGACAUGAGUACACGUGAUGCAAAAAUGAAGAACUUGCGUCUGAAGCUGGAAAUUUUGUUUGAAUCAUACGACAAAAUAUCAAAGUUAACAUCACCUUCUGCAGAGCCUCGUAAGAUGGAUCAACAAAAUGUUUGUGGAGGACCAAAAGGAACAUUUGAGAACUAUGGUGUAAGUCUCCAGAUUUUUUUAGCGUUUCGCAAAAGUAGUGUUGCUGCGAGUGGAAAGACAGCUCUCCAAGCUUAUUUAGAUGAACCUGCGCUAGAUAUGGAUAGCUUUGAAAGUUUGGAUAUUCUCAACGGGUGGAAAGAUAAUACUCACAGGUGCUAUGCUCAGGAUAGAGAUGGCAGGACGGUAAAGGUGGGUCGGUACAUCCCAAUUGCCAUCAGUAGCGCAUGUGUUGAUGAAGAUCGGAGUCCCGCGGGCCUGUACCGCCAAGGCUUGUGCAAAUCGCGGGUCGGGAUUGGGCAGCACUUCUAG